AUGGCAUCUGCAAGUAGUACUAGUGCCAGAUCAUUAUUUGCUGAUUCUAAAAUGCGCUUAGCUGAUCGCGUACAAGUGAACGUCAAUAAUGUUUCAUCUCUUGCAAGACAAAUUACAAGAGGAUCUAAAAGCACAGAGAUAUUAAUGCAUUCAGCUCGAAAUUUUGCUGUUCAAGAACAAGCAAUGGAAAAUAGUGAAAAUAACCUAAAAAAAUUACAGAUGAUUUGCAGCCACUUGGGAUAUCAACACGAUUCUUUAUUAAAAUCUGCUCAACAACUUGAAGAGGUUAAAGAACAAGUGUGUGCUAUGCAGCGAUAA